AUGUCGCUCUUUGCAGGUAAUGCUCUUCGCGCCGCCGUGCGACCCGUCGCCAGCGGCAGCACCACCAGCCUCGCCCGCGCCGCCGCCUUCUCGACGACGGCGACUGCCAGGCUCGCCACCCCCACCAGCGACGACGUCGGUGCUUCGGGCAAGGCCCAGAAGCUCAAGACGUUCAAGAUCUACAGGUGGAACCCGGACAAGCCUGCCGAGAAGCCCCGCCUGCAGUCCUACACCCUCGACCUCAACCAGACCGGACCCAUGGUCCUUGAUGCGCUCAUCAAGAUCAAGAAUGAGGUCGACCCCUCGCUCACCUUCCGACGAUCCUGCCGCGAGGGCAUCUGCGGCUCGUGCGCCAUGAACAUCGACGGCGUCAACACACUCGCCUGCCUGUGCAGGAUCGACCGCGAGAAGGAGUCCAAGAUCUACCCGCUCCCUCACAUGUACGUCGUCAAGGACCUUGUCCCUGACCUGACGCAGUUCUACAAGCAGUACCGAUCGAUUGAGCCUUUCCUCAAGUCCAAGAACCCGCCGGCGCAGGGCGAGCACCUGCAGUCGCCCGAGGAGCGUCGCCGCCUCGAUGGCCUGUACGAGUGCAUCCUGUGCGCGUGCUGCUCGACUUCGUGCCCGUCGUACUGGUGGAACCAGGACGAGUACCUGGGGCCGGCGGUGCUGAUGCAGGCCUACCGCUGGAUGGCCGACAGCCGUGACGACUUUACCGAGGAGCGCAAGACGAAGCUCGAGAACACGUUCUCGCUGUACGCGUGCCGCACCAUUAUGAACUGCACGAGGACGUGCCCCAAGUCGCUCAACCCGGCCAAGGCCAUCGCCACAAUCAAGAAGGAGAUGUCGACUGGCGCGCCCGCCAAGGCCACCGACCGACCCAUCAUGCCCGCCCAGUAG